CACACUCCGUCUGCUGCACACACACAUUCAUCCGCUGUCCACUGACAUCUCAACACGUUCACCACCACUGUGCAGGAUUUGGAUCAUCUGAAAAGAGGAAAACUGCAGUUUGAGGCUGAUGGCACGGUGGACUUUACUUUUAUUUUCUCUAGUCGGAGUUCUGCAUGGACAAGAAUGGCAGGUCUUCAUUCAGAGGUGCUGUGCGGAUGGGAGGGACAGGGCACUGAAAGGACAAGACUGUACAAUCCUCCCCCUUCUCUCCUCUGACCACAUCUGUAGGGUCGCUCAGGAGCAGUGCUGUGUCACAGCAGCAGCAGCAAAACCAUCACCAGAAAACAGCCCCUGUAGCUUUGGCAUCACGAUGGCCCGUGAGCAAGGUGUAUGUGAGAGACCGUUCUUCCCAGGAGAUGUUUGUGACACCAAAAUCUCCAAGAUGUGCUGUGACUGCUGUAUGCUUGGACUUACGGCAGCAAGCCAGGGUUCAAGCUGCACACUUGAGGGUUUGUUGCUACAGAAUGAGUGUGGCAGUGCGGCUAACACAUGCUGUAGCACAAACAUAACAGAAGUAACUGAACGUCCUCCUCAAGAGACUAAUAAACCUGAUCCUGAUGUUACAACCAAGCCUCCAGGAGAUACAGAGGCCUGCAGAGAUUCCAUUUGCUCCCAGCUGUGUAUAGGUAAUGGUACUUGCUCCUGUUUUGAUGGCUAUCAACUCAGAAAGGAUGGUGUGACCUGUGAUGAUGUUAAUGAAUGCAUCACUGGCAAGCAUAACUGCAUCUUUGGCCAAGUUUGCAUUAAUACAGAGGGCUCAUUUCGCUGUCAAAGGGAAAUAGCAUGUGGAACUGGAUAUCAACUCACAGACAAAGAUACAUGUGAAGAUAUUGAUGAGUGCGCUUCGGGGACCCAUAACUGUGAACCAACUUUUUUUUGCAGAAACACACCAGGGUCAUUCCGCUGCCACCCUAAGGACACAUGCACAGAGGGUUACUUUCAAGAUGCUGCUGGCAGCUGCAUUGACAUAAAUGAGUGUCUGGUCCGUGAUACUCCAUGCCCGUCUGGACAGACUUGUGUAAACACCAUUGGCUCCUACUUCUGUCGUAGGAACACAGUCACCUGUGGACGGGGGUAUCUACUCUCUGAGGAUGGGAUGCAUUGUGAAGAUGUGGAUGAGUGUCGUAGAGAUAAUGUAUGUGGUAUCCAUGGCUGUGUCAACCUACAGGGGUCAUAUCGCUGUGAGUGCAAAGCUGGAUACACCUUUAACACCAUCACCAAAAAAUGUGAAGAUAUCAAUGAAUGCAGACAUUAUCCUGGAAAACUCUGUGCCCACAAGUGUGAGAACACAGAGGGAUCCUUCCAAUGCAGUUGCAGCAUGGGCUUCAAACUGUCCCAUGAUGGCAGAAACUGUGAUGAUGUCAAUGAAUGUGAGGCCAACCCUUGCAGCCAGGAGUGUGCCAACGUCUAUGGUUCCUACCAGUGUUACUGUCGCCGUGGUUACCAGCUGAGCGAUAUAGAUGGGAUAACGUGUGAAGAUAUUGACGAGUGUGCUUUGCCUGCUGGAGGUCAUGUGUGCUCCUACCACUGCUCCAAUGCUCAAGGAAGUUUCUACUGCACCUGCCCUCCCACAGGAUACACACUUGCUCCUAAUGGACGCACUUGCCAAGACAUUGACGAAUGUGCAACAGGGACCCAUACCUGCUCUGUCUCUGAGAGCUGUUUUAAUAUCCAUGGAGGAUUUCGUUGUCUGUCCUUUGAAUGCCCGCCAAACUUCCGGAAAGCAGCACAAGGCCGUUGCGAGCGUGUAUCUUGUGAGUUCAGUCGUAACCCUGCGUCGUGUUUCUUACUGCCUCUGAGAAUCUCCUUCUACAACAUCACUUUUCCUACCAACACUCCCAUCCCUGCUGAUGUUUUCCGGAUGGGCCCCUCUAAUUCAGUGCCAGGAGACCAAAUGCUGCUCAGCAUAGUCUCAGGAGAUGAGGAGGGGUACUUCAUUGUGCAGCAGCAGGCCCACGGAGGAGUGAUCUCACUGCGUCGAACCCUGUCACAGCCCCGGGACUUCUUUCUGACAGUGGAGAUGAGGCUAGUUCGUUACGGAACGGCACAUUUAUACAUGGCUAAGAUUGCUGUGUUUGUCACACACGAGCAGCUCUUUCGGCCAUCGAGAACAUUACCAUAUUAGAAGAAGCUUAUAGUCUACCUUCGUUUACUCACCACUAGUGCAUUAUUUCAUUUUUAUUCAUUCUUUCCCUUAUGCUUGAGUUAUAGUAAAGUUUUAAUUCAUCAUUGUUAAUGAUAAGGGACAAAAUCUACAACUCUUUCAAUGCAAUAAAACAUUUUUUUAUUCCAGCUCAACCAAUUUGCCAGAUUACAUUUUUGCACUGAAUAAUGAUUGUGAUGUUGUUCCUUAUAACUCCUUUUGAAACCAUAAGCAAAUCUUGUGUCAUAUGAGAAAAAGAAUGAAUUUUUAUGAAAAUAAUAAGGUGCAUGCAUACUCUCCUACAGGAUAUAAUUUAUUACUAGAACAGCAACCAAAAAUUUCUAAGUAACUUUUGUAAAUGAACUGUGGUGUUAAGGUUCAUUAAUAGCUUUCAUUAAAUGUAGUUUAUAAUUUUGCAGUAAUAAUAGGAAUAUAGAUGUUUUAUGUACCACUAGAUGGGGCUGAUUAGCUUUUGAGGAUCACUGCAACACUAUGACAGGAUUGUUAAAAUAUUUUGUAUGGAUGGCACCUCAUAGUACCUCAUGUCUGUAUAGCAGCGUAAUUUUAUGUGUGCUUUCUGUGUGUUUGGAAUUAAUAAAAGACAGAUAAAAAUGGCUUUUUACUUCGUGAUACCCAAGCAAACACACUCACCAGAAAUGGUUUUUGCCACUACUCUCCGGCUUCCUCUGCUGCGGUUGUAUUUAAUGUUGAAACUAAUUUUUCCAAUGAUCAGAUCCAAGCGGGCUCACCAUAGGAUCAAACAAGCCUCGCCUUAGAAGAGAGUAAGAAAAAUAACCAUGGCACUUAUUUAUGGGUACCUGGGGUCCAGCCAGCAUGGGGCUCAAUUAGUGGUGCAGCAGCAUUACAGCUCAUAUGAUGGAUGGUGCUUUUAGUGUUGGUAUUGGGUGGUUAUCUGUUAAUUUGCUGUAAAUGAUACCAAAAAGACCGGUAGCUGUAUUGGUCAGCUGGAUAAAUGCAACCAGACAAAUUUUCCACUUUUUCACCUUCUUCCUGCAGAUUUCUGGGGUACAGUGCAUAUUGAGCUGAUUGAAAAUGUCAAUUUAUUAAAUAUUUAUGUCUGGAAAUAAUUUUCUUGCUUUUAAAUUACUAGGUUAUCUAACAUAGGAAUUUCUAAUAUUAUCUCAAAUUAAGGAGAGACUUCAGCUGUAAAAAAAAUAUGAUGAAAUGCGUCACGAUACUUCUGCUUUUAUGGAAACGAAAAGGCCAUGCAGUUGUUUGCAAUGUUGCUGUCAACCAACCAACCAACCAACCAACCAAACCGAUUCUUCUGCUUUGUGAAUGUCACUGGAUCACAAUAAAUGUAAUUAAUUCUUACAUACCAUUUUUCUGGUUUUCUACUAUUCAUUUUCCCCCGGGGGACGUUUUGCUGCUGAGGAAUACCACACCAUCCUCCCUGUGGCUUUGGCUUCUAUUACUUAACUACUUGGACUCACCUGUGUGCUUCUAAUUACAGGGCUCUGCUCCUGGUGCCGAUUUUGAGGUUAAGUUUGAAAGCUCCUCUGUGUUCACAUUGAGGAACACUCACAAAUAUGAUUUCAGGGUUUGAAAUCAAGGUUUGGCUUCUCUGAAGAACCAUGGAAGGUCUAUAGGGCUAUUCAGGUGCUGCCAAGCUCUCAACUCAAAUGUAUGAAGUGUUUUUUAACUUUUCUUUAAACAAAUCUGUCAUGGCGCCAUCUGUUUUGUACCUGUCUGUUACCUUUGUGUUAU